AUGGAGAAACUCAACUCUGAAGAUGGCCAGCUCUUCAUUAAGAAUCUGGCCAGCUUCGUCCGUACUCAUGAGAAAGCUCUCGCCAACGCUUUGCAGAUGAAGCGUCAGUCUUCCAAAGCAUCAGACUCUUCUGCCCGUUCCGCUACCUCUUCUACACUAGCCGCUGCGCUCUCCCUAGGGCCGCUGAGUUUCACAUCCCAUAGCGUUAAACCUGCAAAGCUCACUCUGACUAGCCAUCACCUUUUCUACCUAUUAUCCCGGUUCGAGGAUAUAUCAGUUCCUGUUGGACCCAUGAACAUCCGUCUGGAAAAUAUCAAUACAGAGGCAUCUUCCGCAUAUGUGUCUUUUUUGAGCAAGCCACGCCGCUCAAAGGGCGACAGGGAUUCCAUCCAUUCUGUGUCUAGUGUCCGCAGUGUCAUGUCUGGCAUGAGCUCGCUCUGGUCCUCAUUUGGCCUUGGGUCCAACUCUUCCUCCAAAUCGGAAAAAGCCAAACUAGCAAUUGAAAAUGACCUAAAAUACUUGUAUUCCGCCUUUACUAAAAUCCCGUGUUUGAGGCUUGCCCCGGAUCACAGAGCUCGCCUGAUUCGUGGAUACGAGGAAUUCCCUUUCGACACUGCUGUCCCACUCCACUCUUUUAAAAAUCUCAGUGCUUUGGAGAUUAUCGAUGUAGAUUUCCGCUCCUUCUAUGGCUGGGACCGCUUAUCAGACCAACUAAGAUCUCUUACUCUGAAGCGCGCCAGUAUUGACGAUCCUGGUGACUUGUUGACUGGAAUUGUCCUAGAUGACAUGGACAAGCGGAGACGGAGGUCUGGCAAGUAUCAAUACUCUCCAGUUCUCGGGGCUUCUUCAACCCCUCAGCCAUUCAAUAAGCCAGAUAUGGCGAAAUCUGCUUCAGCCCCAGGCUCUCCCGUUGCCGAGCCCAGUUUUAGCACAAGUUCCAGCCCAAAGGGAGGGGCCUUAAUGGUCAGAGGUGGCUCUGAAAGCAGGAAGGUACAUAAACGGACGGACAGCGUGUCCCCCACACGUCCUACCAGUGCCAAACAUCCCUCCCAUCGCAGGGGAACAGCAUCCAAAAUUAGGAGGUCUGGAUCUGGAAGCUCCAAUUCUAGCGAGGCUUCCACCCACCACAGGGGCGGAAGCACGUCAAACCUAUUAGGUAUAGGUACUAUUCCUUUAUCCAAGUGGCAAUUCCUCCGUCAUCUCAGCCUGACAGACAACUCCAUGACUAGUAUCAGCGUUUCUAGUCUUGCUCCUGUUACCAAUACACUACAUUCACUAGAUUUGUCUUGGAAUCUUUUUACCGAAGUUCCCGACAGUUUGUCCUCCUUGACAGCUUUGAGAUCUUUGAAUCUAUCUCACUGCUUGAUCCACUCGCUCCAUUCCCUUUCUAAGAACCCCUUACCUGCCAUCACCGCUCUUAAUCUUCGAGGAAAUCGUCUACGAUCCUUGGCAGGCAUUGAGCGAUUGUUAUCUCUGGAACGCCUAGAUUUACGAGACAAUGAACUGAGUGACCCUUCCGAAAUUGCCCGGCUAACGGGCAUCCCCUACUUACGUGAAAUCUGGGUAUCUGGCAAUCCGUUUACCAAAACAUUUUCCGGAUACCGGGUUUCCAUAUUUAACCUUUUCAGACAAACACCCGGAUUCUCUGAAGACAUCACUAUCGAUACAACAGGACCUGGAUAUUCAGAGAAGAAACAGCUUGUUGCACGUGUAGCAGAACCAGAAGGGGCCCCCAUUAUUCGGCGUUCUGAACAAGAGGAUGAUCUAGCGGAUAAAACCGCAGACACUCCCACUGCCUCCUCAAUUACCCCUGCCGUCCGAUCAGAAACAUCAGUCCCUGCGGCUGCUGUUCAGCCUGAGUAUACAGUAGGCUCUAGUCGGCGGAAGAAAGGCCACAGGCGAAAAAUUGUUGAGCUUUCACUCAAUGAUUUUUCCGUCGCCAACGCAGCUGGCCGCGCUGAGACCAUCAGCCCUGCUUUCCAGCAAGUCGUUACCGGAGAUCUAGCCACAAGCCCAGCAUCUAUGGCAGAGCAACCUCUAAGCUCAUCUAGAUUACGCGAACCGGAGGCACAACAAGCAACAACUGCUACUACCGUUCCUAGACCCAAGGAAUCACAAAAGAGUCCCGGCUUCGAUCCCACCAAGAGUUCCAAUCUACUUCCUGCAAUUCAAGGCUUUGACUGGAGCGCUAACGGGGACUCCUAUCGUCAGCGGCUCGAAGCCUUGAAGCAAGAAGUCGGAACCAACUGGCUAACCGUGCUAGGCGAUGGACCAUGGGACGAUGCGCAAAAGGAUAUGGUCGUCCACGCAGGAGGUAGUUCGGAGUACGCUUCAGCGGGACCACUUCGGCCCGCUCUCAUCCCGAGGAGCAGCAGCCAGGUCAUCGCCACUGGAGGUCGGACAUUAGGCUAA